CGCCGAGGGAGCAUGCCUUAUGAGGCAAGUGUGAUGAAAUCAGGCGCCCUAAUAUCGUACUGGCCUGCGGAAGUGGCUGAGCUAUCCGAGGCACUGACUGUGCCUUUCAAGCGAGCUUCCCAACUCCCAUCCACACUGUACUUUCUUCGUCACUUUAGGAGCUUCAUCCCGAAGCAAAUCACCCAUCGCACUCUAACAAAUACACCUACAAUGUCUGGAAACUAUAUCGUUGCAUUCAAAGAUCAUGUCUCUCAGGCGCAGAUCGACAAGUACAUCGAGGACGUGAAGGCGAAUGGGGGAAGCAUUGGCCACAAAUAUGAUGCUGCUCUCAAGGGGUUCUCUGCCGCAAUUCCCACCUCUUACGUCCAACAAUUGGAAGCUCAAGGUCUCCAAGAUGGUGUCAUUGACUUCAUUGAGCCCGAUGGCAUUGUGACUACGCAGUGAUGCGAUCGCACCCUGCUCAUAUCGGAUGGAAGACGUUAUGUUUCUAUAAAUUUGUACUGAUAAUCCUGGACUUGUACAUUGAACUCGGGAUAGGAUCGUACUAUGAUCGGACAGGCCUAUAUAAUCUACAUCCAUCAAGUGAACAAGCUGCAAAGAGGAGGAAAAGUCCCAUCCAUAAAAGAUAGUUAUAAGG